AUGUCGACCAAUCAGCCACAAAUUGUCAUUAAGGAAGUUAGUACUGGAAAGGACUAUAUGACAUUAUUAACCAUGGAUGGUCGAUUGUUGUUUAUGGGACAAAAUACAUUUGCAUUGGGUUCUGUAUUGAGUGGAGAAAAGCUUCCUGAUUAUGUAACAUGUCUGGAGGAGGCUUGUGUAAAGGUAGUCAGUGGGAGAGGUGAUAAUGGUGUAGGAGAAACCUUUUUAGAAUUGGGUAAGAAGGAGACGAGGAAUUUUCUUCAUGUUGGAAGUGGAAUGUACUUUAUGGUAGUUCUUACGUCAGAUUAUAGAUUGAUUUCUUCUGGAUCUAAUGAGUGUGGACAGACAGGUGUUGGUCAAAAUGCUAGUAGCAUGGGAGGUUUUUCUGAAUGUGUUUUCAAUAAGGAUUUACAAGAUUCAAAGAAUGAAAUAUUGAGAGGAAUUGUUAAAAUUGCAUGUGGAUACCAACAUUGUAUGAUAUUGACUAGAGAUGGAACAAUGAUUGGAACUGGGUGUUCCUACCAACGUCAAUUAGGUCCAAUUGAAAAUGAUAUAUCCUAUGAAUUUACAAAAUUAGUAUCUCCUGAAACGACUACUCCAAUAGUAGAUAUUCAAUGUGGAUACUUUAGUAGUUCAUGUAUUGACGCUAAUGGAAUGGUAUAUGUAGUUGGACAAGAGAGUUACACUCGACUCGUCGCUGCAGAGAAAUGGACCAAAUUACAAACUUUUAUUUAUGAUCCAGUUCAAUACAUGACAAUGAGUUGUUCCAAUUCAUUCUUUCGAACAACAAGUGGAUUAGUCUAUCACAAUUGGGGAAGUAAUGAUGACAAUGAAAACAAACCAUUUGAGAAUUUGCAAAAAUUAAGUGAGAUACCUAAUGUGGAAUAUAUAUUUGGAAAGGAAAAUUUCUUAGCUGUAACGGAAUCUAAGGAUAUCUAUCUCUCCACAAACUCUUCUUGUUCUGGAAUUAUUAAACCACCAACAUCUGAUACUCGUUGGUUUGAAUACAAUGGCCUCAAACAACACAUUCCUAAAAAUGGAAGAUAUCAACUAUUCAUCGCCGAUGCAUUCAGCUUUUACAUGUACUUUAUUCUAUCCUCCAAUAAGGAAGGUCACUUGAAGGAUAAUCUGAAAAUUACACUCCAAAAAGGACAAACAGAUUUUGAAAAGAAUUAUUUCAUGGACAUUAUCAUCAAGUAG